AUGACCUUUGGGCCUCCACCAAAACGACUCCAGGAGGAGUUGCCAGAGAUCGAUGCAGUGGAAUGGGCAACGCAAGAUGUCGAGAAACGGUUUUCAGUUGGUUUCAACCCAGGCCACAUCAGGGCCAGCAUUUGUUCUGUUUCGAGUAAAAACGACGGCCUGAACCAAGCUCCGGCACUUCCAGCAGCAGUGAAGCCUCCACGGCGCAUGGUGGCAGCAACAGUAACGGGGCUACUUAUUGCCGUGCUACUUAUGGCACUUGAUGUCAACAUUCUCGCCACGAGUGUUCCCAAGAUUACAACGGAAUUCAAAAGCCUUCGUGAUGCGGCUUGGUACGCCGCGGCUUUCUCGCUAGCUCGGCUUGCAACUCAGCCCACUUAUGGGCAGUUGUAUACUCUCUUCUCUAUGAAAUACACAUUUUGCUGUAGUCUGGCUAUUGUAAUCAUGGGUUCCACCAUUUGCGCUGUCUCGCCAAAUUCAAUGACCUUGAUUAUUGGCCGAGGUGUUCAAGGCCUAGGGUCCAGUGGCGUGGCGUCAGGUGCUCUAAAUAUUGGCGGCUACACCGUUUCGAAAGCGAAGAUGCCUUUGAUGAUCUCCCUCAUGGGCUCUAUGAUGAUGACAGCGGCCCUCGCAGGUCCAGUACUCGGAGGUGCUUUCACGGAAAGCGUUCUAACUUGGCGAUUCGGCUUUUGGCUCAACUUGCCACUGUCUGCUAUUAGCAUGGUCUUGGUUUGGAUGACUUUUCCAGAGCCUCACAGACCUUCUACCAAACUUUCACUCAGAGACAAACUUAUGAGGCUGGAUCCUACAGGUAGCAUUCUAAUAUUGAGCUCCAUGAUCUGCCUAGUUUUGGGCCUUCAGUGGGGUGGCAAUCUCUUGCCGUGGACCAACAGGAACGUCCUUGGAUGCUUGAUCGGGUUUGGAAUAUUGUUUUCUCUAUUUUUAUUACUGCAAAUCAAACAGAAAGACAAAGCUCUUGUGCCCCUUCGUAUCGUCACGCAGCGAACCGUUGGACUUGGCUGUAUCGCGACGACGUGUACGUAUCUGGCUGUCACUGUCUUGGCGUACUACAUGCCCUUCUACCUCCAGGCUGCCAAAGGCCUGUCUCCAAGCAAAGCUGGACUAUACAUGCUCGCACUGGGGGGACCGGAGACGCUGGCGACCAUCGCUUCAGGAGCCUUGAUUACGUACACGAAGCACUACGUUCCAAUGCUGGUGCUAGGUGGAGCGGUGUUCUCUCUUGGCAGUGGACUCUUGUCAAGCCUCACCACCGGCAGUACCGCUGGACAAAUCAUAGGUUAUGAAGUCUUGACCAGUAUUGGCCUGGGUUUCGGCGGUCAGGUUCCACUCACUGCCUUACGGAAUGCUCUCUGCGAGGCCGACAUACCAAUUGCGAAUGGCUUGAAUGGUUUCUCGCAAAGCUUGGGCGUUGUGUUAGGAGCACCCAUCGCCCAAUCGGUCUUCAUGAACACACUGACCAGUCAUCUGGGAUCACGGCUUCAGCCCGGAAAUGUUACGAAAAUCACCGAUCUUGGGGCGUCAAAUAUCAACCCUUCACAUGUUGACCCGCAGCUGCUACCGUUCGUUUCGCAGGCUUAUCGGGACGCCUCGACUACGUCCCUGUACGUUGCUGUGGCAUCUGCUGCAAUGGCUGGUGUAGCCGGGCUUUUAAUGGAGUGGAAGAGACUCAAGACUAAGGAAGAAGGAGAUGAUUAA